CAGCCGCUCGAUUUGUCAUUUAAGCGAGAAGACAUGAUGUCUGCUAAACUAACUAUUAACUCCUCACAGCAACUCUCUCCACUCUAUGGAGUUGUACCGCAAUCAUCUUCAAAUCUGAACGAAGCUAUUAAUCUUUGUAGACGGAAAGUGUCCUCUCCUUCGUUUUCUCCCUCGUCUGCUGCAUCAGUGCCACAAACGUUCAAACAACAACAAGUGGCUGCAGCCGCGGUAGCGGCACUAUACUUUGGACCAACGCCCGCACCGCAUAUACUGCGACAGACUCCUUCCCCAAACGAAACACCUAUGCUACCACAACAAACGUCAACACCUCGCCACAAUACUUUGCCGACUGGUGGUUUUCCUAAUGCUGCAGCUGCAGCUGCAGCUCUCGCAAUGACUGGCGCUCAUUUACCUUCAUCAUACAUGUUACCUGGUUCAUCAACACAACGCAAUUUGGUUCCAAUGGAAGCGCUCUUUCAGAUGUCACCAGCUGCUGCCGAAUAUGCUCGAAAUCCGUUGAUGAGCAGUAUUAAGCUGAACACAUUACGAGGUACAAGCCUUAGUCCUGGAGGCUCAGAGAAACGUUCAUGGCGUGAUGAUGAUUCUCGUAUUUCACACGAGGAUGACUUUGCAGCUACAAUGUUGCUUCCUCCCAAACCAAAACGUGCCAAAAAUGAAUCUACACAUGGCCAUGCUGGCGAUCCUGACCUACCAUUCGUUUGCGAUCAAUGUGACAAAGCCUUUGCAAAGCAAAGUUCGCUGGCAAGACACAAAUAUGAACAUUCCGGUCAACGCCCCUACCAAUGUGCUGAUUGUCCAAAAGCGUUCAAACACAAACAUCAUCUUACUGAACAUAAACGCUUACACAGCGGUGAGAAACCCUUUCAAUGCUCCAAAUGCCUUAAACGAUUCUCGCAUUCCGGCUCCUAUAGCCAGCACAUGAAUCACCGCUAUUCAUAUUGCAAGCCCUAUAGGGAAUAGGUAAGCGACAA